CUAACCAUUUUUCGUAACUCCUGUCAUCUCAAGCUCGUAUGUUGUCUUGUCUGCUCAACCAAAAUGCCAAAAAUUCAUGAUCACAUCUCUCAAUCCUAGUUUGCUCUACAGGAUUGCUAUGCUUGGGAUAAACAAUCGGGAUGCAGUUCAUGAGUUUCUCGGGUGUUCUAUUUGAGCGUUCGAUGGAAAGAUCCUAAUUUGCUACCACGUCGAAGUAUGACAUUAUCAAUUAUCAUCUCCACCGAGCUAGUUACGAAAAUCUGAGGCCAUGCAAGAUGUGAAGUUUCAGGAAGGCCGCCAUCCUCCCCCUAUAUUAAAUUUGGAAUUGCUCUCAAUCUCUCCCACACACACAUACGGCCACAUGAUCAUGGGGAAGGCAGAUGAUCAUCAGAAACUGGGCGAAGGAGGAGGAGAUGGCUAUGCCCAAGAUGGCUCUGUCGAUCUCAAGGGAAAGCCAGUUCUAAGAUCGAAAACCGGUCGAUGGAGAGCUUGUUCCUUCAUCGUCGGGUACGAAGUGUUCGAGCGGAUGGCAUACUAUGGUAUAGCCUCGAAUCUAGUAGUGUACCUGACAAAGAAGCUCCAUGAGGGCACAGUGACAUCAUCGAACAAUGUCACCAACUGGGCUGGCACCGUUUGGAUGACUCCCAUCCUUGGUGCUUACAUCGCCGACGCCUAUCUUGGCCGGUACUGGACUUUCAUCAUCGCUUCCGCCAUAUAUCUCUUGGGAAUGUCACUGUUAACACUAGCAGUGUCAGUCCCUCAGCUGAGGCCUCCCUCAUGUGGGCCGGGAAUCAAGGAGGAGGAAUGCGACAAGCAUGCCUCGUCCCUCCAAAUCGGGAUCUUCUACUGUGCCCUAUACAUAAUCGCCAUGGGGACAGGUGGGACAAAGCCCAACAUCUCGACGAUGGGUGCCGAUCAGUUCGAUGACUUUGAGCCCAAGGAAAGGACCCAAAAGCUGUCCUUCUUCAACUGGUGGAUGUUCAGCAUCUUCUUCGGGGCGUUAGUCUCCAACACUUUUUUGAUCUACUUGCAGGACACCAUGGGGUUUGCCCUCGGGUACGGGCUCCCGACUCUUGGUCUCGCAGUGUCUAUACUGCUUUUUGUCCUAGGGACCCCUUUCUACAGGCACAAGGUGCCUUCUGGAAGCCCUUUAACUCGGAUGGCUCAGGUCCUGGUGGCAGCAUUGAGGAAGUGGAAUGUUGAGGUCCCGAACGAACCAAAGGAGCUCCAUGAGCUAUCCCUCGAGGACUACUCGAGCUCAGGCACUUUUCGGAUAGAUCACUCGUCUUCAUUAAGAUUCCUAGACAAGGCUGCUGUGAAGAUUGAUUCGAGCUCGCCCUGGAUUGUGUGCCCAGUUUCACAAGUUGAGCAAACCAAGCAGAUGGUCAAGAUGCUCCCGGUACUGAUCGUGACGUUCAUCCCAAGCACAAUGGUAGCUCAAGUCAGUACACUCUUCAUCAAGCAGGGCGCAACGUUGGACCGGAGCAUGGGCCCGCACUUCGAGAUCCCUCCCGCCUGCCUCACCGCUUUUGUGACAAUCUUCAUGUUGAUAAGUAUCGUUCUGUACGAUCGCUACUUUGUCCCAUUCAUCAGGAAGUACACAGGAAACCCGAGGGGGAUCACGCUGCUGCAGAGGAUGGGGAUCGGCUUUGUGCUGCACAUAAUCAUCAUGGUGAUAGCUUGCUCGGUUGACAAGAAACGUCUAAGUGUCGCCCACGAGAACAACAUUUUCCAAAAGAACCAAACGAUACCCCUCACUAUCUUCAUCCUCCUCCCCCAAUUCGCCCUCAUGGGUGUCGCCGACACCUUUGUGGAGGUCGCCAAGAUCGAAUUCUUCUAUGAUCAAGCGCCAGAAGGGAUGAAGAGCCUGGGGACAGCAUAUUUCACCACCAGCCUCGGAAUUGGUAACUUCCUGAGCAGCUUCCUCCUGAAGACAGUAGAGAGAAUCACCAAGAACGGGCACCGAGGCUGGAUCCUAGACAACCUUAACAUAUCGCAUGUGGACUACUACUAUGCGUUCUUAGCAAUUCUCAACUCAAUCAACUUCCUCUUCUUUCUGCUGGUGGCAAAGUUGUUCAAAUACAACGCUGAUGUAUCCGAGUCCAACAGGGAUUUAUCAUUGGAAUCAUUCCCUAUGAAAGCUUCAUCAAUGGAUGCACCUGAAGAGCAGAUCCCGAGCCAGUAAGCUCAUCUACAAUUUUUAUUUUUAUUUUCCGCAGACACCUCUGCAGCUCCUAUGCCGUCGGAAAAGUGAGUGGUCAGAGCAGACUGAUAAAUACAACUGAAAAUUUGAUCAAUACCAAUCAUAUAUAUACAUUUGCUUCUUGUGGGCUCUCAGAAACCGACAUUAAGGGACGGCUUAGAGCAGAACUGGAAGAAAUAAGAUUGAAAAACUUAAGAGUAAUGGCACAAAAA